AGCCAAGGGUGGGGCCUACCGACCGGUGAGACGUUACGCGUCCCCGAGUCGUGACUCGCGAACUCCCGACGACCUGCGUAACUCGGAAACCCGCGAAUUUCAACCGCCCGCCGAUGCUAGCCACGUCGCUCCAAUUUUUAAUUCUCUCCGACCAUUUUGUUGUCUAUUUCUAAUUUCAUUUUUUAUUUUUUAAUCGGAACGAAGGAAAAAUCGACUGGGUAUUAGUUCCCUGGUUUAGUGCAGGAUGUGUCCGUGAUUUAUCUGUAUCCCACCUAAAACGCGAGUUUGAAAAUAUCUCUUCUUUCCCGUAUUCUUUCCUCCUCUGUCUAAUCCUCUCACACAGCUUCCUUCUACAUUCUUGCUUCUCAAUCGCAGGGGUUGGGCAGAAAGCUCCUUGCUUGGUAAUCAAUUGCUUAGAUCUGAUUUUUUAUUCUUCGAGUAAAGCAUCCAUUUUUGUAAUCCCGCCUCUGAUCAAUCGAAAAGGCUGUUAACUUUUGAGCUAUAACUCUCUUUCAAUAUGAGCCUGAAAUUUAUUUGCUCCAAACCUGUUUAUUAACCCUGGAUCAUUGUAAGAUUGGCUUUUGCUUGAAAGAUUUUGGUUGUUUCGUUCCCAAGAUAUGAUGAAUGGAACUCAGUAUAUUGGUGAAAGUUCGAGUUCAACUUCUCUUAGCAGUCAACAUGAUAUUGAGGAUGAUCGCAUGAUUGCUGUUGUGUUAUCUGAAGAGUAUGCCAAAUUAGAUGGCGCAGUUGGUAGGCGCCUUUCCAACUUGGCACCUGUUCCUCAUGUGCCCCGGAUUAAUUCCUUCAUACCUGACACAAAUGAUGCAAGUAUGGAUCACCAACGCCUUCUUCAGAGGUUGAACAUGUAUGGUCUAUGUGAAGUCAAAGUUUCUGGAGAUGGGAAUUGUCAGUUCCGUGCACUUUCAGAACAGUUGUAUAGGUCGCCUGAAUACCAUAAGAAUGUUCGGAAAGAGAUUGUGAAACAGCUCAAAGACCAUCGCUCCUUGUAUGAAUGCUAUGUCCCGAUGAAAUACAAACGAUAUUACAAGAAAAUGGCGAAAUCUGGAGAGUGGGGGGACCAUGUUACCUUACAGGCAGCUGCUGAUAAGUUUGCAGCGAAAAUAUGCCUUUUAACAUCAUUCAGAGACACUUGUUUCAUCGAAAUUACACCGCAGCACGAAGCACCAAAGCGCGAGUUGUGGUUGAGCUUCUGGUCUGAGGUUCAUUACAAUUCACUAUACGAAAUUCAAGAUGCACCAAUCCAGCAUAAACCAAGGCGGAAGCACUGGCUGUUCUAGGAGAGUUAGGUUCGUUACAUUGAUGAAAGCAUUAAGGUCAUGUGUAGGAGUGAAAAAUUAUCUUGGUCCUUGGAAGAUAAAAGCUUUUUACAGUUUAGCCCUUUAAUUUUUGGAUUCAGCAAUUGAGUCCUUCAUGGUCUUAAUAUUUACUGCAAUUUUAUUCUUCAUUGCACGUCUACAGUGCUGGGUUCAAAGCAUUCCGUAAUUCAAUUGAGAAAACUGUAGGUGGUGUGAGGAAAUUGAGAAAUGUUAUGCUAUCUUUCAAGGAUCAGAAGAUAAUUUACUCAAUUGAGAUGUAGUUCCGUGUAUAUUUUCUGUUCUGUAUAUUAGAGGAGAGAGUGGAGGAGGAAGAGAAGUGGACGAGAGAGGGAGAGAUUAUGGGUCUUCUCUUUGUUCUUCUUUUUUUUUCCCCCAAUUUUCAUUCAUUCAUUGAUUUAUUUCAGUUAUACAGUAUUUUAAUUUUUA